AUGUGUCUUACCAUUAAAGAUGAAUCGUUGGCAACCGUAGCAUCCAAAGCGCCAGUAACUAGUGAAAGGAAGAUUCUAGAUAACUUGGACGAAAAAUUACCAAAGCCCUAUUUGGCGAGAGCACUGGUAGCACCUGACGUGGAACAUCCAAAAGGAACGGAAGGACGUGUGAACAAUGGAAUGAGUGUACUUCAACAACAUGUAGCCUUUUUUGAUCGAGAUAACGAUGGAAUUAUUUAUCCCUGGGACACUUAUAACGGUUUGCGAGAUAUUGGUUUCGGUCCAGUAUCCUCUUUUAUUUUAGGAGUUCUAAUCAAUGGAACAAUGAGUUAUCCUACUCUGCCUGGGUGGAUACCAAAUAUUUUAUUACCCAUAUACAUAGACAGAAUACAUAAAGCGAAGCAUGGGAGUGAUUCAGCAACAUUUGACACUGAAGGAAGGUUUAUGCCAGUGAACCUGGAGAACGUGUUCACCAAGUAUGCUCGCACAGAGCCCGGCAAGUUAACAUUCUUCGAGGUGUUGCGAUUGACUGAGGAAAAUCGGGUGCCUUUUGACUUCUUGGGAUGGAUUUUGGCCAAGGCGGAAUGGUUGGUUUUGUAUUCGCUUGCCAGGGAUGACGACGGGUUUCUAUCUAAAGAAGCAGCUAGAACGUGUUGUGAAGGGAGCUUGUUUGAGCAGUAUGCCAAAAUGAACAAGGGUGAUAACAAAAAGCGAAAAUGAAAUAAGGCAUAAUGACUUUUUUGACC